UGUUUUGAAGAACACUACAACUACAAAGGGUCAGUAGUCAGUUGUUGAGUCUUCUCUGUGAAUUACUUGUUGUAAUCUUCUUCUCUCUUCCUCCUCCAUUGUUAUUGUUGUUGCCUGCCUGCAAGAGAGAGAAGAAGAAGAAGAAGGAAACUUGAAGUUAAGGUUUCUCUUUUUCAAGUACUAAGUACUGGUUGUUCUGGUGUAUCCACUUGUGUAAAGUCAAUAUAUUACGAUUCUCUGUUCUCACAAUGUAAAGAAAGUUAAAGAAGGAAUAAAGAACGGACGCUGAUUUUGAUUCUGAAUUCUUCAAGUACACGAUUCCUUAUUGAUUUUGGUUUUCAUAUUUUUGAUGACAUUGGAUUAGUUUUGGGUGGAGAGAAUUAUUGAGUGAUUCAGAAAAAAUAAGAAGAAUAACAAGAGAAAAUGUCUUUCAAGAGUAGAGGAAUAGAGUCGCCUUCCUCUAAUCAUCAUAGUAAGAGCAGUAGUGUUGUGACUAGAAACUGGGCUAUUUUACUAUGUCUGGGAAGUUUCUGUGCUGGUUUGCUAUUUACUAACAGAAUGUGGACAGUGCCUGAACCUGAUGCUAAAGGUAUUACAAGGACAGCUGGUACCGAGAAUCAAAGGCUAAGCCUGGUUUCAGAUGGUUGUGAUCCAACACUUAAGAAUAUAAAGCGUGAACCGAAGGACAUAAUGGGCGAGGUUAUGAAGACUCACCAUGCUAUACAAACAUUAGAUAAAACGAUUUCGAAUUUGGAGAUGGAGUUAGCUGCUGCAAAGGCUACACAAGAGUCUAUUCUCAAUGGAUCUCCUAUAUCAGACAAUGUGAAAGUGAAUGAGUCAACUAAGAAAAGAAAGUAUUUAAUGGUUGUUGGAGUAAAUACUGCUUUUAGUAGUAGGAAAAGAAGAGAUUCAGUUCGGGCAACUUGGAUGCCACAAGGUGAAAAAAGGAAGAAGAUGGAGGAAGAGAAGGGUAUCAUCACUCGUUUCAUAAUUGGUCAUAGUGCAACAUCAGGUGGUAUUCUUGAUAGAGCUAUUGAAGCAGAAGACAACAAGCAUGGGGACUUCUUGAGGCUGGAUCAUGUUGAAGGAUACCUUGAAUUAUCCGCCAAAACAAAGAUAUACUUCGCUACUGCUGUUGCGUUAUGGGAUGCAGAUUUCUACAUCAAAGUUGACGAUGAUGUCCAUGUAAAUAUAGCAACACUUGGAACAACAUUAGCUAGACAUAGAUCAAAACCACGGGUGUAUAUUGGGUGCAUGAAAUCUGGUCCCGUUCUCGCUCAAAAGGGAGUGAGAUACCAUGAACCAGAGCACUGGAAAUUUGGUGAAGAGGGAAACAAGUACUUCCGACAUGCUACUGGUCAACUAUACGCUGUUUCAAAAGAUUUAGCUACAUAUAUUUCCAUAAACCAGCAUGUUCUACACAAAUUCGCAAAUGAAGAUGUUUCAUUGGGAGCUUGGUUUAUUGGCUUAGAUGUGGAGCACAUCGAUGACCGGAGACUUUGUUGUGGUACUCCUCCUGAUUGUGAAUGGAAGGCUCAGGCAGGCAAUGUUUGUGUUGCUUCGUUUGAUUGGAGUUGUAGUGGGAUUUGCAAAUCUGCCGACAGGAUCAAAGAGGUGCAUCAGAGAUGUGGGGAAGGUGAGAAUGCUCUUUGGAGUGCAACUUUCUGAGUCCCAUCAUUAUCAGCAUGAGCAACACUACCAAACUGUACUUCCAAACUCAGGAAGUCAUCUGGUUUUUGCUACUAGAACAGAGAAUUGUAUGUAAACAUUACCUUUGUAGAAUUAUAGAGAAAGAAAGAGAAAAAGGAGAGGCGUUACCACUGCUUGGGGCUGUUUCUAUUUUAGCAGAGGAGAUUGACCCCCCAUUUGUAGCAGAGAAAGAACUAAAGAUAUGAAAAUUUCAGAAAUUUCCACUACUCGAUUCUUUAAAUUGCUCGGAGAGCCAGUUUGUAAGUUUUCUCCACCAUGGCUACUGAGCUUCAUCCCAUAAUAAGUGACAGUAUUUUUGAGUAGCCUUUUGCUGCCUUUUUUGUUUACAUAUAAAUAGAAGUUUCAGUGUAUUAGCUCUCCCUCUCUUCUUUAGAUAACUAUGAACAUUUUUGAUGGUCC